AUGUUGUGCUACCAACAGCAGUGCUUUCCUCCUCUCCAUCAAGAGCACAUCUCCAUUAAGUGCCCCCAAACACACCCUCUGAUGCACAGCUGGCAGUCAGCACUGUGCACUCCGCAGUACGUGACCCCCUGUGUUCCCCGGCAGCGGUUUCUGUCAUCCAGCUUCUCCCCGCAGCAGUGUGUGACCCAGUGCAUACCACGGCAGCAGUAUGCAACCAAGUGCAUUCAACAGCAACAGCGUGUGACCCAGCACAUCCCAUCCGCCAGGUGUGUGACAACCUGUGUGCCACAGCAGUCGUGUGCCACCCAGUGCACGUCGCAAGAGCCAUGUGUGACCAAGUGCGUGCCCCAGCAGCAGUGUGCAACCAAGUUCAUCCCACAGCAACAAUGUGCAACCAAGUGCAUCCAGCAGCAGCAGCAUUCAGCCCGGUGUGUGACCACAUGCCUGCCACAACAGCCAUUCCAGACCAAGGGAAUCCACCAGCAGCACAGUGCGACCGUGUGCAUCCCGCAGCACUGCGUGACCACAUUCACCCCACACCAGCAGUGUGCAACCAGGUGUGUGACCACAUGUGUGCCACAGCAGCAUGCCACCAGGUGUGUCUCGCAGCGCUAUGUGACCGCUUGUGCCCCGCAGCAGUGUGCCACCAAGUGCAUCCCACAGCAGCAGUGUGCAACCAGGUGUGUGACCACGUGUGUGCCGCAGCCAUGUGAGACCAAGGAUGCAAGCAUCUGUGUCCCACAGCAGCACCAGUGUGCCACCAAGGGCGUCCCACAGCAACACCAGUGUGUCACCAAGUGUGUCCAACAGCAGUGUGCCACCAAGGGUGUCCCACAGCAGCACCAAUGUGCCACCAAGAGUGUCCCACAACAGCACCAGUGUGUCACCAAGUGUGUCCAACAGCAGUGUGCCACCAAGGCUGUCCCACAGCAGCACCAAUGUGCCACCAAAGGGAUCCCACAGCAGCACCAGUGUGUCCCCAAGUGUGUCCCACACCAGUGUGCUACCAAGUGCAUCCCGCAGCAGCAGCAGUGUGCCACCAAGUGCGUCCAGCAGCACCAUUGUGCCACCAAGGGCAUCCCACAGCAGCACCAGUGUGCCACCAAGUGUGUCCCACAGCAAUGUGCCACCAAGUGUGCCCCACAGCAACACCAGUGUGCUACCAAGUGCAUCCCACAGCAAUGUGCCACCAAGGGUGUCCCGCAACAGCAGCAGUGUGUUACCAAGUGCGUCCCACAGCAGUGUGCCACCAAGGGUAUCCCACAGCAAAGUGUGACUCAGUGCAUCCCACAGCAGCCGUAUCAGUCAGGUGGAGUAAAAAUUUCAAGUCAUGCUAAGAAAUACUGCUCUGCACCCAAAUGGCCCUGGUAA